CUGUGUACUGUAGACUGUUUAGUCUACAGCCCCCUGCUUACAGUCUAAGUUGGAGGUUUCUGCAUUCAUCAAAGGCAAUUAUUUGCUUUUCUCUUCCGAUGAAAAGAAUGAGGUCAUAUGAAGAUAUGUUUGAAAACUCCUCCUCAUCCAAUGACUCCCUUUAUGGUCCACAUUCACCUGUCAUCUCCUACAGCCAAUGCCUCAUCACCAUACCAAGCUCUUUCAUUUAUACCACGUUUAUUGCCAUAAACGUUGUGUUCUGUCUUCCUUUGUUCAUCUUCAUACUCUGCUUUGGCUUUCGACAAUGGCAAAAAAACUGCCCAAAGUCCUUUGCGUCUGAUAUGAGUAACUCCGACUGCUUCACCUACCACAUGGUCAUCAUGGAGCUUGUUGGUGUCACUGGGUGUUGCAUCUCCUUUAUAGGAAUCUACAGCGGGGAACUAAAAGCCGUCAAAGUCGGGACCAUCCUUUUCUCUUUCACUUGGUAUGGAGAAGGAUUUUUUCAGAACCUAACAUGCGUGGAGCACUUCUUGGCUGUUGUCCACCCAAUCACCCACUUUACUUAUAGAAAAAAAAGAGGGAUCAGAAACAUCACCAUGGGCUUUGUUUGGCUGUUUUGCGUUACAGGGAUGUGUUUGGCCAUUAUGGAUAAUUACAUAAUUAUGGACUCCUUUCUCAUAUUAUUGACCAUAAUUGUAACUCCUUAUUGCUGCAUUUCUGUGAUAUGGGUUUUACAACACCCCAGGCCUGGUGAGCAAGGCACAUGGGAGGAAAGAGUUGACCAGGUAAAGAAGAGGGCAUUUUACACAGUCAUAGCAAUACUGAUUGUUCUAAUUUUAAGGUUAGCUUGGAGUGUUAUUUGGAUCAUUAAUCUUGUACAAGCAAAAACUGACUGUGUUGCAAUGACAUGUGAAGUUUUAUUUAACCUGCCCAGUAUGUUGGUGUUACCUUUGCUUUUUCUUCAAAGAACAGGAAGAUUGGCACGCUGGAGGAGAGAUGAAGAUUAAAAUAAUAUCUGCAUAGAUUAAAUGAACCACAGUCGGCCUCGGCAGAUGGCCGCUCACACAU